AUGCUCAUAUACGGCUGGUCUGUGGAAAAAGACAAAGGUGGAAUCGCCGUUCCCGUCAUUUUCAUGUUUAUCGGUGGAGUUGCACAAACCUGUAUAUUCCCGGCUGCAAAUACGUACUGUGUGGAUUCGAUGCCUGAAUUAGGGGGUGUCGGUAUUGGAAGUAGCUACUUCUCUCGUUAUAUUGCAGCAGCGGUCGCAUCUGCGACAUGUUUAAGAAGCAUUCAAAACAUAGGUGUAGGCUGGAGCUGUAAAAUCAGUGCAUUUGUCUUAUGGAUUGGUGCAGUCUGCGGAGUUGUAUUAAUCUAUUUUGGUGAGAAUAUGAGGAAGAAAGCUUUAAUUAGGUAUAGAUUACGUACGCUUGAGAGAUUUGACUAG